CCCUGUCUUCUUCUCCUAGGCAACGCAUUUGACAACAUGUUGCUGCGGGCGUCCAGCAGGGCAGAGGUGAAGAGCAGGAAGGAGGCCGAGGGCAGCUCCACCACAGCCCUGCCCUCAACCAAAAUGCUGAGGUGCUACUGUGACCACCACUGCCCCGGAGAAAUCCCCAAAAACACAUGCAGGGCAGACGGGCCCUGUUUCACCAUGGUGCAGGAAGAGUUUGGGCGCCCCGUUCUCUCUUCUGGCUGCUUGAAGCACGCCGGCUCAGAGCUCCAGUGCAGGGACACACUGAACCACCGAACGCGAACUACCAUGGAGUGCUGUACGGACCGGGACUUCUGCAACCAGGACCUGUUCCCUACCCUGCCUCCACUGAAGACGCCCAAUCACGUGGAAGGAAACGUCCACUAUGUGGCGCUGUUGGUCUCAGUCAGCGUCUGCAGCAUCAUCCUGGUCCUCCUCAUCCUAUUCUGUUACUUCAGGUUCAAGCGACAGGAGUCCCGCCCACGCAACAGCAUGGGUCUAGUGCAGGACGAGAGCUACAUCCCCUCUGGAGAGUCUCUCAAAGAUCUCAUAGAGCAGUCCCAGAGCUCCGGCUCAGGCUCAGGGCUCCCUCUACUGGUACAGAGGACCAUCGCCAAGCAGAUCCAGAUGAUGAAGCAGAUCGGCAAGGGGCGGUACGGGGAGGUGUGGAUGGGCCGGUGGCGCGGGGAGAAGGUGGCCGUCAAGGUGUUCUUCACCACCGAGGAGGCCAGCUGGUUCAGGGAGACGGAGGUCUACCAGACGGUGCUCAUGAGACACGAGAACAUCCUGGGCUUCAUCGCGGCGGACAUCAAGGGCACGGGCUCGUGGACCCAGCUGUACCUGAUCACCGACUACCACGAGAGCGGCUCCCUGUACGACUACCUCAAGUCCACCACGCUGGACAACCGCGCCAUGCUGCGGCUGGCCUACUCCUCCGUCUCGGGCCUGUGCCACCUGCACACGGAGAUCUUCGGCACGCAGGGCAAGCCCGCCAUCGCCCACCGCGACCUGAAGAGCAAGAACAUCCUGGUGAAGCGCAACGGCACCUGCUGCAUCGCCGACCUGGGCCUGGCCGUCAAGUUCAUGAGUGACACCAACGAGGUGGACAUCCCCCCCAACACCCGGGUGGGCACCAAGCGCUACAUGCCCCCCGAGGUGCUCGAAGAGACCCUCAACCGGUACCACUUCCAGUCCUACAUCAUGGCCGACAUGUACAGCUUUGGACUCAUCCUGUGGGAGAUCGCCAGACGCUGUCUCUCUGGAGGUCUAGGCAUCCUGGAGGAAUACCAGCUGCCCUAUCACGACCUGGUGCCCACCGACCCCUCCUACGAGGACAUGAGGGAGGUGGUCUGCUUCAAGAAGCUCCGCCCCUCCUUCCCCAAUAGGUGGACCAGCGAUGAGUGUUUGCGGCAGAUGGGGAAGCUGAUGACCGAGUGCUGGGCCCACAACCCCGGCUCACGGCUCACAGCGCUACGGGUUAAGAAGACGCUCGCCAAGAUGUCCGAGUCACAGGACAUCAAGCUGUGAGGCGUUUGUGUUCACCCAACCCACAAUGGACCACGUCUGAGUUCGGACACAUCCUCCCCGCCGGCCUUCUGGACUACAAGUCCCAAGAACACGCGGGCUGCCGGAAGUACAACUGGAAUACGCGGCUAGGGAGCUGGGGACGCUUCGAAACAUCAGUAACAAAGAGAGGAUAUCACAUUUCGAGGUCCUGUACGAUUUCUGUCGGUCUAGGAAGGAGUGAAAUGUAAAAAAGUAUCGUUUUAGAGACCAAUUUAAGGGACUCCAAAACCAACUACUACAAGUGUUGCCUUGGCAAAAAACGAAUUAUACAAAAAACAGAGGUCCAGUUUUAAAUGGCAAUGUAGUCCCAGAGAUUUGUAAACAGGCUACUGACCUUAACUGUGGGUGGAAAGAUACCAGUGCUUUCUGUGAAAGCUGAUUGACCCGUUGGUAAAAGGGUCCUGAAUAUGUGUGUACAAAGGCUCAAUGUGUGAGUGCAGUGCGUCGUUUAAAACCCAGUCGCACAACUGAUGGUUUUGUUCGUGUUUAAAGCCCAGGACUGAUUUUGUUGUUUCUCUUUCACUCACAAACCGUUUGCUUUUGAUACACUGACUGACCGUAUGUGAAGGCUACAUGUAUGUUGAGGCCUUAAAAAAAGAUUUUUGUUUGUCUGGUUAUGUCUGUUGAAAAAAGUAGAAAAAAUUGUUAAAUCUUUUUCCCUAUAUAUUGUCACUUGUUAAGAUUUUAUGAGAAUAAUAAAGUUUAUAUGGCCAAAACAA